AUGGCAUCAGCAUCAGCUAUCAAGCCCAUCAAAGUUUGGGGUGAAGACGGCCCCAACCCGCCCAAGGUGGUCAUCAUUCUCGAGGAGCUCGGGGUUCCGUACGAAAUCGUGCCCAUUGCGUUUUCCGACGUCAAAAAGCCCGAAUACACGGCGAUCAACCCGAACGGGCGGCUGCCGACCAUCUACGACCCCAACACCGACCUGACGCUGUGGGAGUCCGGCGCCAUCGUCGAGUACCUGAUCGAGCGGUACGACACUGGCCAUGCGCUGAGUUUCGCCCCGGGCACGGCCGAGUCGUACCACGCCAAACAGUGGCUCUAUUUCCAGACCACCGGCCAGGGCCCGUACUUCGGCCAGGCGGUGUGGUUCAAGAAACUCCAUUCGGAACGCCUGCCCAGCGCGGUGGCGCGGUACGUUGCUGAGAUUCGUCGCGUCUCGGCCGUGUUGGACGGCGUCCUGGCGGCGCGAAAGGCAGGCCAAGUCGGUGACGGGCCGUGGCUGGUCGGCAACAGAAUCUCCUAUGCUGACCUCGCCUUCAUCCCCUGGCAUGUCACAAUUGGCGCAUUCCUCGACAAGGACGAGUAUAAUCUGGACGAGUUCCCGCAUCUCAAGGAUUGGUUUGCCAGGAUCUCUUCACGGCCCUCGGUCAAAAAGGUCUUGAAACUCUAG